AAAAUGAUAUAGAUUUCUAUCAAGUUGAAAACAAUGAACUCAAAGAAAAAUUACAACUUUUUACCAACAGUUAUGAAGAUAAUAAAACAGAACUUGAAAGAUAUUAUAAAGUUAUUCAAAAAACUCAUUCCGUAUUAGAGGGAUUAGUAGUUUUACGUGAAGAACUUAGUGAAAUUUGUGGAGCUGUUAUGAGUAAUUUUAAUAUUCCAGCCGCAUACUCAAACCAAAAUAAUAUAGUAUUCAAUUCAUUUGAUGAAGCUUUAAGUGCUUCUGAGCCAAAAAUAAGUGAAAUAAAUGAAGGAGAAGAAAAUAAUAAUAACGGACAAAUAUUUCCAACUUUAGUUCGAUCAAACCAUUUUUAUGAUAAAAACGAUCAAAAUUUUAACACAGAUAAAUUUGAAUUUUAA